GUUGGCCAAUGCGGUAACCAAAUUGGAAGUUGUUUUUUGCCAGAAAUCCUCCAAGAAUACGAUGUUAAACUAUCCCACGACCCCCCAAUUUUUUCAACUUUGGCACGAAAGCGGCAACUUUUGAUACGUUAAGCGACCUCCUUCGUAGCAAUGCCAAAGCUAGGUUUUUAUGUAUCGAUAUGGAGGACAGCGUCGUGGCUCGAUUCAGAGCCGGCAAGUUUCGGGACUUGUAUGACAAAAAAUGCCUCAUUACUAACUACCCGGGCUCUGGGAACAACUGGGCGGAGGGUUAUUGCAGCCACGGCCCCAAAUACAAACAAAAAAUACUCAACGCGGUGCAGUACGUCGUCGAACAGUGUGAUAACUUGAAUGGGUUUUUGUUGUUGUUUUCAAUGGGAGGUGGUACUGGGUCUGGUUUAGGUACCUUCAUUGUAAAACUGCUAGCAGAUCACUAUCCAUCCGUUGAAAGGUUUAUAGUUUGUGUUUAUCCCACUGGUACUGAAGACGUUAUUACGGCCCCAUACAACAUGGCGUUCGCCACCCAGGAGCUCGUAAAUAGCGCCACGUGUGUCUUCCCCGUUGAAAACAAGGCAUUGUUGGACAUCGUCUUUCGGCAAACUAGUCGCUACUGUGAUAGAGUGAGUCCGUUUGGGCCGUUCGAAGAUGUGAAUAAAAUUAUCGUUGAUAUGGUUCUGCAUUUGACGAGUGGGUCAAGGUUUGGGGGAAAGAUGAACAUUGACAUGAACGAUAUCAACACGAAUAUGGUGCCUUUCCCAAAAUUGAAUUUUCUGUUGAGUGGAUUUAGUCCCUUUGUUUUGAAAUAUGUCACUAGUAAACACUUGAAAAAUGAGUUGUCUUUGAUGGCGUCCAGUCGCAGUUGUCAGUUGGUGAAAGCAGACCCUUUAGAUUCUAGGAGUACGUCAAUGGGGGUUACGUUGUUAGGGCGAGGAAAAUUUUCCGUUAACGAUAUGAGGAACUACGUGGAUAAAUUAAAAACUAGGUUGCGGUUUGCGCCUUGGUCUAGCAAAGCUGUGAAAGUUGGAUUAUGUGACGUGCCCCCAAAGGGGUUAGAUUUUUCAGUGUUUUCGCUAAGUAAUAGCACGUCGGUGUUAAAUUUAUUUGAUGAAGUACUCAGUCAGUUCAUGAAACUGUACAAAAGAAAAGCACACGUGCACCACUACACAGCCGUUUCUGAGUUUGAUAUUCAAAAUUUUAAACAGUGUCAGAAUGAUCUUAACGAUUUUAUCCAACUGUAUCGAGACGUUGAGAAAAUCAAACCUUUUACAUUCAACAAGAGGUGAAAUGUUAAUACUUUAUUAAUAAAAUAUAAAAGCACAAUUGAAAAAAAUAUACA